AUCGUCAAUUAAACUCCCUGGCCUAUUGAAUCUCUGCAGGUAGCCUUUGAGACAUCAAGCGCUGAUAAUUCCCUUCAAUAUGCUCGUUCAACUUCUCCAGUCGCUUCAGAUAUCCCUAAAGGAUCUUUUUGUUAUUCGUGGUGCUAUAACACUCAUAAUACUGCUUAGCAUCCCCUUGGUCUUUGUGAUACAGUCUGGAAAUGUCCAAAAAACACGCAGAAGGUUGAGAAGCCUGCAAAGACUCGGCUUGACUACCAGCAACAUGGAAGACCAGUACAAUCCCAAAUUCGGUCUUCCGCCAGCAGCCCCAGUGGAUGGACCAGCACGAAUCAAAGCGAUAUAUCUGCAUCCCAUCAAAUCUUGCGGACAUGUCGAGGUAGAUCGCGCCUUACUCACCAAGGCGGGAUUUAUGUUCGACCGAUGUUUCGCCCUUGCAACGAGAAUUGCCAACAGCGACGAUCCUGCAGCCUCGAAAUGGCGAUUCAUCAGUCAGCGCACGAAACCUCUCAUGUCCCAGAUUAAGAUCGAGUUAUGGCUUCCGCAUAAGAACAGCGAUUUGCAUGAUCCACUAGUACAGUCAGGUGGAUGUCUGGUUGCGACAUUCGAAGACCCUGACUUGCCGAGUUGGAUCAAUCGUGUUGAGACAUUGCUCUAUACAUGGGGUCUCUCAGCACGCCCACAGAUUUCCUUCAUUGUGCCUCUCAAUGUUACGUCUUCCCAGGCAGAGGAAUUCCAGGUCAAACUGAAAACAUUCGGCAUUCACAGUCGUGACGCAAGAGGCCUCGACAUGGGCGGAAUACCUUCUAUCGCAACAGCUCUGCCCAAAUUGAAGAAGUUCUUGGAAAUACCGCAGGACCACAGCCUCACGAUUUUCAGAUGUACACCGGACACCAUGACACCUACGAAUUUGAAUCUUGCGCCACUUGAACACAUCGGUUCACCAUCCGUGCAUGGCUACACAGAUCAACAACCCGUCAACAUCAACAGCCUAUCAUCUGUUCAGGCGGUUUCCGCCCUCCUUCCGACUGAAAAUCAACCGAUGAACGCACUUCGUUUUCGUGCAAACAUCUGGAUCGAGAACGCUGCGGCAUAUGAGGAAGAAACAUGGAAACGCUUCCGUAUCUUAUCAAAGAGUAACGAUACGAAGCCACGAGCAACCGUUGAGCCGACAUUGUCCGUUGUUUGUCGAACCUCUCGAUGCACAAUGCCUAAUGUGAACCUGGAGACUGGAAGAUUCGAUACGGAGAACCCUCUUCCUGGGAAGAAGAGGGGCAAAGCUCAGCCAAGCACAGCGUUAGUGCAGUAUCGUACGGUCGAGACGGGGAAUAAAAGUGCUCUUGGCUACUUGGGUAUGCAUUGUGUGCCUGAAGAUAGGAGCUUGAAGGAAGCCGAAGGGCAGGAAGCGGGAUUGUAUGUUGAAGUUGGUGAUGAGAUUGAAGUGCUCGAACGAGGGGCACAUCUCUAUGGGUCGACGGCAAACGACUAUUAAAAUUUUAUAGUUUCUUUACUAGAUGCUUCUAGAAUAUGAAUAUCAAAUGGGUCAGGAGAUAGAGAGAAUGAAGAUAUAGACAGU